UCGAGAGGCCAAGUCGCCAAAGCCACACUCCAUGCCACCAUUCUUCCAGAUGCAACUGUCCAUACAUAGGAUGUCCAGCUUGCCCCUGCACUCCAGGUCCUACCCACGACUGCCCGCGGUUCCUUCAGCCCCGCCCCCGGCCGCGUAGGGGGCUUGGCUCCGGGCCCCGCCCCUACUUGGCUCUCAGGAAAUGGGCUGCUAGUGGGACCAGCCCUCCCACCGGGCCUGGUAGCGUGGAACCCAGCCUGCAGCUGCCGGGACCGCAGCGGCGGGAGGUGAACCUUCAUCCGGAAGUCAGCAGUUCAGGGCCAUGGCAGUUCCCACACGCAGCUUCUCCCUCCUCCGCAGCCCCCUGGGCCGAGUCCCGGGGCUGGGCGGGAGCGCGGCCGGCCCCACGUUCCGGGGCUUUCAGAGCAGCAGAGUGAGACACGAUGCCAUUGUUAUCUCAGGAACCAAAAUGGCCAAACAAAUCCAGAAGGAAAUACAGCAGGGCGUGGAGGCGUGGGUUUCCCUCGGGAACAGGCGACCUCACCUCAGUAUCGUUUUGGUGGGUGACAACCCGGCCAGCCACACCUAUGUCCGGAAGAAGGUCCGAGCCGCCUCCGCUGUAGGUAUCUGCAGUGAGGUCAUUCUAAAACCCAAGGAUGUUUCUCAGGAAGAACUUUUGGAUAUAACUGAUCAGUUGAACUUGGACCCACGAGUCAGUGGCAUAUUAGUUCAGCUGCCACUGCCAGACCAUGUGGAUGAGCGAACAGUAUGCAACGGGAUUGCCCCCGAAAAGGACGUAGAUGGAUUUCAUAUUAUCAAUAUUGGAAGACUGUGCCUUGACCAGCAUUCUCUCAUACCUGCCACUGCCAGUGCUGUCUGGGAAAUUAUCAAGAGGACAGGAAUCGAAACAUUUGGAAAAAAUGUGGUUGUGGCCGGAAGAUCCAAGAACGUAGGGAUGCCCAUUGCCAUGCUUCUACACACGGAUGGGGAACACGAACGGCCGGGAGGUGAUGCCACUGUGACGAUAGCUCACAGAUACACCCCUAAAGAACAACUGAAGAUCCAUACUCAGCUGGCAGAUAUCGUCAUAGUCGCUGCAGGUAUUCCACAGUUGAUUACAUCUGAUAUGAUUAAAGAAGGUGCUGCUGUAAUUGAUGUUGGAAUCAACUAUGUCCACGACCCAGUGACAGAAAAGACAAAAUUAGUUGGAGAUGUGGACUUUGAAGCUGUUAAGAAGAAGGCUGGCUUUAUCACUCCGGUGCCAGGAGGCGUGGGGCCCAUGACGGUGGCGAUGCUUCUGAAGAACACCCUCCUCGCAGCGCGGAGAGUCAUUUACUAGACCACAGGAAGGAACACAGCACGCUGGAGUUACGCUAUUUAUUUACUUGACAAACGGGGGAAAAAACUUAUAUUUUACUACAAAUCUAUUUAUUUCUGCAUUAUUUAUUUUUCAUGGAUGGAAUCAUUGUGGAUGAGAGGAUUCAUGUAACUAUACACUUCCUGCUAACAAAUUUUGAGUUUUAGAAGGAAAAAAACCAAUUCCAAUGAAAACUUUGGUGACAGUUGUUUAUUUUGUGAAUAAUAUUUGUUCAUAAUGUUAAAACCAGUAAAGGGUUCAUAAUAAAUAAUAUAUUUUUGACACAAUUAAAUAUCACACACUGUAUGUUUUCAACAAAUGUUUGUCAGCCAAAUGGACACCCAUGUAAAAUAUAAUUUAUGUUUUACCAUAAAAAUACUCCAUUUUUAUAUAUUUUAUGUUCUAUACAAAUACUUAAAAAGAACUAACUUGCUAAAAGAAAGAUAAAAUAUAAAAAAGAAAAUCUUAAUUUUAUGUGUCUCCCAAAUUUAUCCUAUGAGGCAUCCUAAUAAAAAAUUGAUGUUUCAUUCAAGGAAAGAAAAAUAUACAAGGAAGACAAAAAAUGCAGUACUGCUUAGCGAUUAUUUCAAAUUGUAAAGGACUGCUUAUUAUAAUAAAAUAUAAUAAGAAUGUAUUAGGUUUACAUGUAAUUUUUUUGUUCUUCUAGAAUAUAAUGUGAACAGUUCCUUCUUUGAGAAAUAAUGGAAAAUCCAAAGCAGACAGAUACACAAAACAAAACUAAGGUAGCCUUUUCCUACAAAUAUCAGAAAAAUAUAUGACAUAGUAUGAGUGAGUCCUUUAUUAAAGAAUUAUUGUGUUUUUUCAAAAAUUUGAAACUCUAAUGGGAAAGCACACUUACAAUGGGCCAAUACUAAACAUUAAGAUAUGACUAAAAAUCCACUGUUUUUCUUGCCCACAGUUCUUCCCUCUUCUCCUACAGCAUUUGGUUCUUAAAGUAGAUGCCUUGUUUCUAACACAAUUUACAUGAGGAAACACAUGGGACUCUCAGUUGAAGGGUAUUUGGAGACUGCUCUAGCCACCUAAAUGUAUUGUUUUCACACCCAAAUCCCAGUAUAUGUGUGUACCAAUAAUGAUUCUUACUCAAUGCAUGUCUUGAACAGUCUUAUGCCUUAUCAUUUAUGUGAAGAUAGACUAGAUGUU